UGGCGGAUGAAGCAAUAUUUUUACAUGUGUUGAAGUUAAGAUUUUGAAAAAUUCUGAACAUGGAGCUAAGCAGCACACAGACACACCUUUUAAUCAAUACAGGAAUGUCAUUCGUAGGCUUCAUGUGCUUGAUAAACAUAAUUCCCAAGUUCAAAGACAUGUUUGUAGCUGCCAACCUCUAUGGAAUAGACAUGAGCAAACCGGGACGUGCGAAAAUCCCAGAAGCACAAGGUGUAGUGUGUGGUGCUGUGUUUCUCAUCAUCAUGUUCCUCUUCAUUCCAUUCCCAUUCUACAAACACCUGGCCGUCAACAACCAUUCAACAAAGUUUCCUCACAAUGAGUAUAUAGAAUACAUUGCGGCUCUGCUGUCCAUAUGCUGUAUGAUAUUUCUUGGAUUUGCUGAUGACGUCCUGAAUCUGAAAUGGCGCCACAAACUAUGGCUGCCAACAAUGGCGUCCCUCCCUCUUCUCAUGGUAUACUUUGUCAACUUUGACUCAACCAGCAUAAUAGUGCCACUUCCUUUACGGUCAUACCUAGGGCACGACAUUAACCUAGGCGUGUUAUACUAUGUAUACAUGGGCAUGCUGGCAGUGUUUUGUACCAACGCCAUCAACAUCCUGGCUGGAAUUAAUGGUCUGGAGUGUGGACAGGCUGUGAUCAUAGCUCUCUCCGUCCUUCUCUACAACAUUCUAGAGAUGUCAGGUAUCUACCAUCAGGCUCAUGUGUUUAGUGCGUAUUUCAUCAUCCCGUUCCUGGCCGUCAGUUUAGCCCUACUGUAUUACAACUGGUAUCCCUCCCAGGUGUUCGUCGGAGACACCUUCUGCUAUUUCUCAGGAAUGACGUUUGCCGUCGUUGCUAUUUUAGGACACUUUAGUAAAACCAUGCUUCUUUUCUUCAUACCUCAAGUCAUCAACUUUGUUUACUCUGUGCCCCAGCUGUUCAGAUUUGUGCCCUGUCCUCGUCAUCGACUCCCCAGUUACGACUCAAAAACUGACAAGCUGAAGAUGAGUAUGACUGUAAUGAAGAUGUCAAGCCUAAAUCCCCUUGGACAGGUCAUCAUAUGGCUGAUGCGGACACUGGGGGUGCUGUAUGUCGAGGAGAAGGGAGAGACAUUUUCCUGUAACAAUAUGACACUCAUCAAUCUUGUCCUAAAGUUCAUGGGCCCACUCCAUGAACGAUCAUUAUGUGUGGUACUCAUGUUUAUUCAGGUGAUGUGUAGCUGUGUAGCAUUCUUUAUACGAUAUCAAUUGGCCAAAGUAUUUUACGGAGACUGAAAAGGGUUAUCUGCUACAAACAGAUGAGUUUUAUGCCAAAGUAGAGACUGAGUGAUUGAGCCGGCCUACAUCCGUGAUUGACAGGGUGACUGAUGGAGUUGGUGACUGAGAGUAACUUGGAGGAUAAUGUAAUUAAAAUCCAGUGAAAUGAUUUUGAUUGAAUAAUUAUCUGAUAAUUAUCUAAACACCUGAUAUUAAUUAGCUAAUCUCUAAAUCAAAAUUCAAUGUAUUAUUGAUUUUUUUUCCAUAAAUCAGCUGUAAUGUCACAAAAUUUGAGUUUCUUUUCCAGAAUUAUUUAUACACAAUUAAUUUGUAAAUUUUAAAUCCUUCGUUCUUAGUGCAUUUCUCACAAAUGUGAUCGAGUGAAUUUUUUUCUAAUUUUUUACUCAAAAUCAAGAAUUCCAAGUCAGAAAAUUGAUUUCUAGAUAUAUCUAGAAAUUUUGCUUUUUUUUGCUCCAUUGCUGUACAUGUAUUUCGCUUCAAAGAAGCAAUACAUGCUGAACUGAAUCUGUGAGAGUAACAUACUUCACAGGGUGAAAAUACUUCACAGGGUGAUUCCGUGAUUGCUAGGGAUGAAUCAGUCUCACAGGCUAGCUGGGAAAGUUUUGUUUGGUUUGAUUUUGUUUAACGUCCUAUUAACAGCCAGGGUCAUUUAAGGACGUGCCAGGUUUUGGAGGUGGAGGAAAGCCUGAGUACCUGGAGAAAAACCACCGGCCUACGGUCAGUUCCUGGCAACUGCCCCACGUAGGUUUCGAACUCGCAACCCAGAGGUGGAGGGCUAGUGUUAAAGUGUCGGACACCUUAACCACUCAGCCACCGCAGCCCCUAGCUGGGAAAGACAGCUGGCUACAAACCAUUCACUAUAGCAUAACGUCAUCAUUUUAUGCAAUGUAACUAUGUCGUACGAAUGGAAGGCCAUCAUUAAGUGACCUCACACUGGGUAGGGAAAGAAAGCUGGCAUGCACUACAAUGCCAUUCACUAUAGCGUAACAUCAUCAUUUUAUGUAGUGUAACUAUGUUGCAUGCAUGGGAGGCCGUCCUUAAAUGACCUUAGCUGUUGAUAGGACAUUCAACAAAUAAAACCAAACCAAAUAUCGCAAAUUGAAACCAUGAUCAAUUUUGAUGCAUAUUUUCAUGAUUGCAUGAUGAAAAAUUCACAACACCUUACAAUUUGAUACUUUUUAAAGUAUGGUUUGUGAGGAAAAUGAUCAAAGAUGGGCCUGUACCAUGGACAGGGAAUUUCAACACUCAUGUAAGAGUUUGGCUGGCCAGCCCUCAACAAGCCUCAUACUGGCCAGCCAUACUCUUACACGAGGAUUGAGACAUCCCUGUCCAUAGAACAGGCCCAUGUAUGAUUCUGUUAAUCGAAAUUGUUUUGUAAAGAAGGAGGCAGUGGGUCAGAACACACAGGAAUGGUAGAUUUGCACUUUAUUUGUUUGGUUUAUUUAUAAUGAAUAUCUAUGAUAUUAUGUAUGAAAUGCACUAUGUGUUGGUGAUCAAAGAUAAAGAUUUGAAUUUCCUGUCGUAGUUGUACUGUGAUGAAUAUUUAUAAAAUGUGUAUAAUUGGCAUCCAUGUAUUGUAAAUACAUUGUGAUCCAGGUAUUCAUAUCAUCUUAUAGACGACUUCCACAAUGAUCAUGUCAGGAUAUCAAGCCGACCAUCACUGCCCCAUUGAAACGUUCUUUUUUUAAGAACGCUGAUGUGGUGCAGCUGUAUAAGCUGUGGGUAUUUCUGGCUAGGCGAUUGGUAGCAGUAGAUCGUGAGUUGGAGGCCCUGUUGGAGCACAUGUCCUAAAGUUGUCUUCCUUCGUCAAUUGUGUUAUAUAUCAAAUACUGUAUAAUAUUCUGCACUGUUCCGUAGAAAACCGUAACAGGCAAAACUCGAGUAGAGAGCAAUCUACCCAAAUUAAACUUAAAAUCAACCAUCCCUGCUUGUCGUGAUCCAUGGCCUCCUCCUCAAUUAUCAUCUCGGUAGGACGCCCUGAAUACCGUUCGUUAUCCAAGUGGAGAAUGACUUCACUCCAUUUAACCCGAUGAAAUAUGUGUUGGCUCUCUUUAAGUGUAUGAAUUAGGAAUUAAAAAAGGAAGAAAGGAAAUGUUUACAGUUCAAACCACUUGUGAUUUUUCUUUUUUUUUCUUAAUCACAAUACAUGUAUUUGUUUUAGAUUAAUCAUACAUGAUUUUAUAAUGACACUAAAAAGUAUCACAUUUUGGAUGAGAAUGUAAUAUGAUCAGUGCACGUGUGUGUGUGUGGUAAAACGAUUAAGUCUGUCGACUUGUAUACAUGUAUGAGGCUAUAAAGUCUAUAUAUAUGGAAAAUGCCCUUUUUUAAGUUAAUAAAUAAAGUCUGUGAGAUGAAACUUUAGCAAUAGUAAACUAGUACCUAACUAAAAUUACUAAACAGUAUUUCUAUAUAUAAAUUAUGUAUUAAAGAAAUAAAAUGUAAGAUAUUAGAACACGUCUAAACAUUAAUAAUGAGUGAUUUACAAGAGAACUACUGUUGACAGUGAUUCUAAUGUGAUUUACUGUGUGUGUUUAUACUGAGGACAUAUGUCUAGAUGAGAAUUUCAAAAGUAUCAAGAUAAGUCCCAGUAAAAAUAAUAGAUAGUCGAGGACUCUUAGGUUCCAGCUGCUUUACUAGCAAGAUAGCGGAGACUGCAAAUAUACCACAUAGGUAUGUGGCAAUUGUUCAUUAUUAACAUAGUCUACAUUUUCUUAACCCAGAAAAUAGUUAUCAACUUUUCCCAGAUUUCAUAGUAAUUAAGCUUCAGAUAAUGUUUGAAAAUACAUUAAGUUUAAAGAAUACUAGAAAAUGGGGCUUUACCUCAUCUUCCACAAAACAAGACUGCCUUCCACCCCUCCCAUAUGGAUAAAUAUGGAAUAGCCCAAAGUAAUAUCAAGAUACUGAGUAGAUACUGUGAGUUCAUGUAAAACUAUAAUAUCAUGUAUGCCCUGUCUGUGAUAGCUUAUAGAGAAAAACAUUUGGCAAAUGAGAAAGAUCAUGGAUCCUAAAUUUUGUAGUUGGGGACUGUAGAUCAAUUUAAGAUUUUUUUCAUUGUUUGCUAAGAAGACACAAAAGAAAAACAUGUUUCUUUUUCAACUCUUGGUGUACUUAUGUUGUAAAAAUUUACAGCUAUGUACAGAAUUUGUUCAUGAAAUCAUAAUUUGCAUACUCGGACUUUCGAAUAUCCAUAUUCUAAUAUAAAUCAAACCUGUAUAAAGCUGCCUCAGUUUUAGCUCGCCUUUCGAAGAGAGUGAGAGCUAAUAUUUUGUCUCCACGGUUUCUGCGUCAGCUUCAGUGCAAGUAGUCAUAGGCAUCGAUGUUCACCUUUAUAAUUGUAUUUGGGUACGGAAAUCUGGUUUUACCUUUACGAUUGUAUUCAGGUACGGAGAUUUGGUUUUACCUUUACAAUUGUAUUCGGGUACGGAAAUCUGGUUUUACCUUUACGAUUGUAUUCAGGGAACGGAAAUCUGGUUUACGGGUUUCUUUGGGCAUUAAAAGAUUUUUUGGGGGAAAUCUGUAUUUCUAAACAUUUUGGACUUUAAUGUCAAAGUUAAUGUUAAGGUGUGAUGUUAGUGUUCAUGGUGGGUUUUGCAAUAUACCUGGUAGAUUCCAGUUAAUGAACUUAUCUCAUAAUGCUAAUGUUUGGUAUGAGACCAACUUGGUACUGUUGGUGAACCCAUGAAAAUUGAAUAAUUUCAGUUGAAACAUAAUAUAAAUUACAUCAAUAAUUUUCAAUUUAGAAUUGAAUGAAAAUUAUAUUGGAUGUUGCAUCUUAUAUGUGUGAAGAGUACAUAUACUGUGUAAAUGAAAAGUUUUGUUUAAAAAAUAUUUGAUUUGUUGAAGACACAAAAGAUUAUUCUCCAAUGCAGUAUGGCACAAUAAAGUAUGCAUAUACAUUUGUAUAAUUGGAAGGGCAUGAAAAUCCCCCGUUAAGUAUUAUUUUUAGUAUUGAAGUUACAAAUCAUGCAAUACUUUUUGUGGAAAUCGAUUUUAUAUUUGUGUAUAAAUAGGAGGAAUUUUUUUUACAAAUGUUCUAUUGUUCCGAAGAUUUGUGUAUGAAUUUUGUAGUGUGUAUCGCCAUAUAUAUAAAUUCAAAUGCAAUUUUAAAAGCUAAAUAAUAUGAAUUCAAUAAUAAAUUUCAAUCUCUCCAAAUUUGUUAUUGAAUUCAUGUUAUUUAUCUUUUGUGGAAUUGGAGACCACAUUGAACUAAAAUCUACAUCUAAAAGGGGACUUCUUUCAUCAAAAGGCUACAAAACUCCUUUCUUGACGUGCUAUGUUAAGCUCUAGGCUCUAUGUAAAACCUUGUAGCCCCCUACAUACAAGUACUGAAAGUACAUUUCUUUAUCUUUACAAAGUGUUAUUACACCAUACACAUUACUUGUAAUAUUUCUUUUGAGUAAAUACUGUAAACUUACUUAAUUUGGUGUAAUCAAAUUUAAGCACAUUUCCAAAUUUUAACAGAUUAGCGCAUUGAUGAAUUGGCCCGCCAUAACUAUUUUAUACAGAAACAGUAUAUAGAAAAUGCAAUUAGCCCAGUCUUAAUUUAGCGGAAUGCUUUCAGCGCAAAAAGUGCUAAAAUAAAAUUAAUGCUAUAAUAUUUAUGUUCAAAGUACUCAUUUGGCUCGACAUAUAAAUGACAUUUUGUUUAGAAGCAUAACUUGAUAUAGAUUUAAUACAGAGGCCUAAUACAGCAAAGAGGCAGUGGUGGGUGAGUGGUGAAGAUUUCCCGACACUUUAUCACCAGCCCUCCACCUCGGGGGUCGUGAGUUCGAAACCCACAUGGGGCAGUUGCCUGGUACUGAAUGUAGGGUACUCCAGCUUUCAUCCACCUCCAAACCUGGCAUGUCCUUAAAUGACCCUGGCUGUUAAUUAGGACGUUAAACAAAAGAAGAAAAAAAAAAGAAAAAAGACCAACCUAAUACGGAAAUGUCUGCAAAGUCGGGUCAGCAUCGUUGAAAAUUGGUAUUUUUAAUGAUGCUGACCUUACUGAUCUAAUGAAAAACAUCAAUGACUUUAUAAGAUGAAAGAUGAAACAAAAGUUGGUAUAAAAUGGCUGCAUCAAACUUUAUCUCCCAACAUUUAGUUCAGUCACCAGUUAUUUGGACAUACAUAAUUACUUUAUUUUGCAUUUUAUUUUAUCAUUAUUUUAUGUGGUUAACCAGAUCCCAUGUAUGUCUGCAUUUUUUUCUCUUCUUUUUUGGGUGUAUGACUGUGAGUGUGUGAUGCAUGUCUGUGCAGGUCUAUGACACGUGGCUUUGUGAGUCUGUGACAUGUGGCUUUGUGAGUCCGUGACAUGUGGCUUUGUGAGUCCGUGACACGUGGCUUUGUGAGUCCGUGACAUGUGGCUUUGUGAGUCCGUGACAUGUGGAUUUGUGAGUCCGUGACAUGUGGAUUUGUGAGUCCGUGACAUGUGGAUUUGCGAGUCUGUGAACAUAUGGAUUUGUGAGUCCGUGACACGUGACUUUGUGAAUCCGUGACAUGUGGCUUUGUGAGUCCGUGACAUGUGACUAUGUGAGUCCGUGACAUGUGGCUUUGUGAGUCCAUGACAUGUGGCUUUGUGAGUCCGUGACAUGUGGCUUUGUGAGUCUGUGACAUGUGGCUGUAUGAGUCUGUGACACGUGGAUUUGCGAGUCCGUGACACGUGACUUUGUGAAUCCGUGACACGUGGAUUUGUGAGUCCGUGACACGUGACUUUGUGAAUCCGUGACAUGUGGCUUUGUGAGUCCGUGACAUGUGACUUUGUGAGUCCGUGACAUGUGACUUUGUGAAUCCGUGAUAUGUGGCUUUGUGAGUCCGUGACAUGUGACUUUGUGAGUCCGUGACAUGUGGCUUUGUGAGUCCGUGACAUGUGGCUUUGUGAGUCCGUGACAUGUGGCUUUGUGAGUCCGUGACAUGUGGAUUUGCGAGUCUGUGAACAUAUGGAUUUGUGAGUCCGUGACACGUGACUUUGUGAAUCCGUGACAUGUGGAUUUGUGAGUCCGUGACAUGUGGCUUUGUGAGUCUGUGACAUGUGGCUUUGUGAGUCCGUGACACGUGGCUUUGUGAGUCCGUGACAUGUGGCUUUGUGAGUCUGUGACAUGUGGCUGUAUGAGUCUGUGACAUGUGGCUGUAUGAGUCUGUGACAUGUGGAUUUGUGAGUCCGUGACAUGUGGAUUUGUGAGUCCGUGACACGUGGCUUUGUGAGUCCGUGACACGUGGCUUUGUGAGUCCGUGACACAUGGAUUUGCAAGUCAGUGAUGCAUAAUUGUGCGAGUCGGUGAGGUAUGAUUGUGUGCGAGUCGGUGAGGUAUGAUUGUGUGCUGCUGAGGCAUGGUUAUAUGGCUGUACAAGUCUGUGACACAUGACCAUGUGAAUCAAUGAUGCAUGCCUGAGUGAGUUGGAUGACUGUGUGUGAGUGUACUUGUAAUUUAUUUAUCCUAAUGGUACAUUUGUUACCCGGGAGUCUGUUUUUAUAGAUAAUACCAAAAUAUUGUUAUUAUUUGUCAAUUAAUUUUAUGAUAUACAAAUAAUUUUCUUGAGUGAUUUCCUAGUUAUAAUAAAUAUUUGUUAUCUCUG